GAAUUGAUCCAACACAUCUUAUAUCAUAUUAUAUUAUAUCAUAUCAUAUCAACCACCUACCAUAAAUCCAUCCUUACAUUCGUUUACUAUUUUGGUUUUUAGUUCCUGUGCACAUCCCUCAGUUGUUCUUCAUUCGUCCCAUUUCAUUUUUAGUAUUUGCUAAUUGUUGUCAUUUGUACCCACUCUUCCCUUCGUUAUUGCAUCCUUUUUUAACAUCAUCAUUUCUUUAUCUUGUUUGAUUCUGUAUUAUCGUGUUUAUAACUCUUGCCCUCUUCAUCAGUCAUGUCUGAUGUUCAAAUCCUUACCAUUGGAUCUAAUCCAAACUUGAUGUUCUAUAGUUGGAGAUUAAUAGAAGCUAAAUCUUCAGUAGAAUUAUCUAUAGUGAAUUCAUCCCUUACAACUCCAAUCUUAUGGUCUUCAUCUCAUUUUAACUCAAAUUUAUCAUUUCAACCUCAUCAUCAUUAUAAAUCAAUCAAUCAAAUCCCUCAAUCAUCUUAUAAAUUCGAUAUUGUUCUCUUAAGUUCUAACUCUUUACAAGAUUUCCAAUCGAUAACAAAUGAUUUAUUACCUUAUAUUAAUGAAGACACUGUCCUUUUAAUUGAAAGUACAGGUUAUAUCAAUUUAGAACCAUUUAUAAAAUUAAGUUUACCCCAAUCUUUACAAUCAAAAAUAGUUAUAAUGUCAAUCAUGAAUGAAUCAGAUAUAAAACAAAUUUCAUCAUCAAAAUUCUCUCAUACCGUUAGAAAUAAUGAUACUAGAAUUUAUUUUGGUAAUUCAUCUAUUUCAAAUACUUCAAGUGAUUUAUAUAAAAAUUCCAUCAAUUAUCAAAGAAUGUAUAUCUUAUUACAUUCAAUUCAACAAGAUUCUAAUAAUGCCAUAAGUAUUUUAAAAUCCCUUAAUAAUAAAGAAUUCAUGACUUAUCAAUGGAAAUUAGCUUUACCCAGAAUUGUUUUCAAUCCAUUAACAGUUCUUUUUGAAUAUCCCUAUCCUGCUUUAUUGCAUCAACAAAUCUUAUGUCAGCCAUUAAUUAAAGGGGUCAUUAAUGAGUUAUUUAAAAUCAUUAAAAAAAUGGAUUGUAAAUUAGUGAAGGGGUUUGAAAAUGAAGCUAAUCUUUUAAGUCAUUGGUCAGGUUAUUAUUCUCAACCUAAAGCUAAUGUUGGAGAAGAUUCUUACAUUAAUACUAAUUCAUUAUUUUAUAAUUUUUAUAAUCAAUUGAAUGAAUUUUUAGAAAUUGAUUUAUUGUUAUUACAACCAAUCUUAUUAGGUGAUGAUCAUGGUAUUAAAACUCCUUAUUUGGAAAAUCUUUACUCAAUAAUGUGUCAAUAUGUUAAAAUCAAUUCUAAACAAUCGAUUUUCUUUACCAGAGGCAAUGCUAAUUCUAAUGUUAAUCAUGGUAAAGAAUUAGAUAUUAAACAGAAGAAAAUAAAUGAUUUAGAAUUAAAAUCAAUCGAUUUAUCAAAUACCAUUAAUAAAUCUGAAAAAUAUCAUCAAGAUUUAUCUUACAAGAUUCAAAAUCAUGAAUCAAAUUUGAAUCAAUUACAAGAUAAAAUUACCAAUUAUCAAGCAAGUUUAGAUAAAUUAGAAAAAGAUUAUGCAAUGAGAUCAAAAAUAUUAUCAGAUAAUUAUUCUCAAUUUGAAUCUGAUUUAAAACAACGUCAAUUAAGUUCUCAACAAGAAAUGGAUUUAAAAAGACAACAAGUUGAACAAGAGAUCGAGAAGAAGAGAAAUUCAUUAAUCGAACAAGAACGUGCUGCUGCCGCUGCCGCUGCUGCUGUUCCCUCACCACCACCUUCUCAAAAUGGUCAUAAGAAUAUAAGAGAUUCUAUUCAACCUGGAGAUAAUCUAGCUGAUUUAACGCAUAUUGCAUUAUAUGGAGCUGCCAUUAAUGGCGAGUCAGCUCCUGUACAAGCUCAACCUGUUCAACCACAGCCACAACCGCAACCGCAACCACAACCACAAGAAGUCGCUAAAUCAUCUAAUGGUGAUGUUCCAAAUCGCAUUUAUCAAAAGGAACUUGAAUUACAAAAACGCGAACAAGCUUUACUAGCUCGUGAAAUGCAAUCUUCUAAUGGUUCUGCUGAUAAUUAUCAAUCUCAUCCUCCGCAACAACUGUUUUCAGAUCAAUCAUAUAAUUCUCAACCUCAAUAUCAAAAACCUUAUUAUGGUCCACCAUCUCAACAACAAUACUAUAGUAAUAAUGUUAAUAAUGGUAAUGGAUAUUACAAUCAAGGAUAUCAACCACAACCAAUGGAUCAAGUUCCUCCUCAUGGUUUACCAAAUCAAGGUUUACCACCUAAUGCCUUACCACCAAAUUUAAGAGCUAGUAAUUCAAUGGUUUCAAAUGUUAAUAGAUAUCAACAAGGACCUCCACCACCAAAUGGUUAUCCCAUUCGUAGAGUUGGAUCCAUUUCAAAUGCUGUAAGUGCUUAUAAUGAUUAUCCACCUCCAAUGCAACAAUAUCCUUCUCAAACUCAAACUCAACAACAGCCACAAUAUGGAAUGCCUCCUCAAGGACCUAAUUAUUCUCAAGCUGCUCCAAUAGAUCCAUUUGUAGAAGGUAGAUUCAAGGCUAAUCCAAAGAAAGGAAAUCGUAGAUCUGCAUUUCCAGGUGCUUUAGAAGGUAUAGAUAUGGGUGGUAGAGGUGGUAUGCCUGGUGGAUCCAGUGGAUUGCCAGCUCACCAAAAACAUAGAUCAUUAGGUCCAAUGAAUUCUUUACAAAUUCCUCCUGGUCCUCAACAACAACAACAACAACAAAGAAAAUCAGUAAGUAAUUCAUUGAAUGGACAAUUCACCAAUCUUAAUUUGAAUACAAGCGGUGGUCCUCCUCCACCACCUCCUCCUCAACAACAACAACCUCAACUGCAAAAUGGCAGUUCUAAUGGAUCAGCAAAUUAUCUCCAACCUCCUAAUUUAGCAUCUAAUACUUCUAGCCAAUCAUCCACCAACACUUAUGAUACUCCUAAGACAUCCAGUAGUAAUGAAAGUAAUGGUGGUGAUCAAGUUGUUCAACUUAAUGGUAAUCAUCAACCUAAUGUUGAACCAAUGGGUAAGCCUUUAGGUGGAAUUGCCGAUUCGAAUCGUGGUACAGGUUUAGAUCAUAAACAACAAAAGAAGAAAUCUGGUUUCUUCGGUAAGAAAAAGUAAUCCUAUGAAUGAAAAAAAUGAAAAAUAAAAUCGGUUUUAAAGGGUUGUUUAUUUGUUUUGUUUUGUUUUGUUUGCUUUUCAAUGGUUACAUUUUAUAUGACUUUUAGUUUUAUGUAUUUUUAGAUUGCUUUUUUCUCCUCCCAGUUUGUCUGCUAUUUUAAAACGCUCUUUAUUAUUUUUAUUUAACCCUGUAUGGCAACAUGUAUAUUAUUUAUUAAUUAGUUAUUUAGUUUAUUUUAUUAUAUUAU